AUGGGCAGGAGUCCCGGGGUGGCGGCCGCGCUGUUCUACGGGGCGGUGGCGGCGCUGGCGCUGCUGGGGGUGCGGGACGUGCUGUUCCUCUACGAGGAGAACCGGUGCAGCAUGACCUACAUGUACGAGUACCCCGAGUACCUGAAAAUAAAACUACCUAAGAAAAUAUCCAGACUUUUUCCAGCCUAUGAGCUCUAUCUCUAUGGGGAAGGGAAUUACGCUGAAGAAAACAAAAAUCUGUUAUUGACAGGGAUUCCAGUUCUCUUUCUUCCUGGGAAUGCUGGGAGUUACAAACAAGUACGUUCUCUUGGCUCUAUAGCACUUAGAAAAGCAGAAGACAUUGACUUCAAGUACCAUUUCAAUUUCUUCACUGUCAAUUUUAAUGAGGAGCUGGUUGCACUAUAUGGUGGUAGUCUGCAAAGACAAACCAGAUUUGUGCAUGAGUGCAUUAAAGUAAUUCUUAAGCUAUACAAGGUAAGAUGUGAAGAUCAAGAAUUUGCUCCAAGCAGUGUUGCAAUAGUAGGUCAUUCCAUGGGUGGUCUUGUUGCAAGAGCAUUGCUCACUCUAAAGAAUUUUAAGCCUGAAUUUAUAAACCUCCUCAUUACACAAGCCACACCUCAUGUUGCACCUGUAAUGCCUUUAGACAAAUAUCUUACUGAUUUUUAUACAGCUGUAAACAAACAUUGGAUUUUAAAGGCCCAAGAUGUAAGAAAUCUAACUACCCUUUCUGUGGCUGGAGGAUUCAGAGAUUACCAAGUUCGUUCAGGACUCGCUUUUCUACCCAGAUUAAGUCAACGUAGCAGUGCCUUAUUUGUUGUGAGCUCAGCAGUGCCUAGAACUUGGGCCUCAACAGACCACCUCUCCAUAGUAUGGUGUAAAGAAUUGGUCUUGGCUACCAUUAGGGCAUUUUUUGAUCUUAUUGAUGAAACCACCAAACAGAUAACUGAGGAUCCAAAGAAGAGAAUGUUAGUAUUGAAUCAUCAUUUUGUAAGGCACCCAGCAAAGUUCUUUGAGGAAGAUCCUGAAACACUUACUGAACUUAAAGGAACUUUGAUUUGGAUUAAAAUCAAAUCCUCAAAAUGGACCUAUACCGUUUAUAAUGAAUCUGAUGGAAAAUAUUUUAUGUUUCCUCUUUCAAACCACAGAAAAACCUACAGUCAUGUCCACUGUCAAAACAGUAUGUUGGAUACAAGUAGCUGGAUUUAUGGCUGUUUAAAUAGUAGUUCAUCUGUGUGCCUGGAAGGUUUUGAUUUAUCCCAGAAAGCUGAGUUACUGCCAACUGUUAAGGUUGUAACUCUGAAACUUCAGGAAUAUCCUUCUUUCUCCAAUCUUGUAAUUUAUGUACCAGCUAUUAAUGGCAAUAAGUUUACUUUGGACUGUGAAUUCUUUAAAGAGGAUUCCCGAACAGUACAACUUCCUGUAACACAUCUUUUUUCUUUUGGGCUUUCUUCAAGCAAAAUUGUAUUAAAUUCUUCUGGUCUAAUUUACAAUGUACAGCUCCAACACUUUUGCCAGAUAUACCAAGCUUUUAAAAUCUACAUUGAGAGCCACUGCCACCCACACAAAGGAAGGAAAACGAGUGUUUACAGACUCCAUCUACCAUGGUCACAUGAAGACUCAAUAUCUGUCUCUAAAGUUCCAUCUUUUACUGAGAUUUCUGCAAAACUGCACAUUGCACAACCUGAAAAUGACAGCACUGUUGCAGUAUUAAAUAUUUAUUCAUCUUUCGAUUGUCAAUAUGAAGUAACCAUCAAGACCUCAUUCUCACAAGUUCUUGGGCAAGUAAUAAGGUUUCAUGGUGGUUCCCUUCCUGUGUAUGUUGUUUCUAAUAUGCUUCUUGCAUAUGGAGGACAGUUAAGCACCUUAAUUUCAACAGGCCAAUGUUCAGAUUUUGUUCUUGCAUUGGCUAGAACAGCCAAACCCUACAAAGUGGACCCUAUUGUGAAUGUUGUUAAAUUUCUAUUGGGGUUUAACUGGUUUAAAGAUAUAUGGAAUGUAUUGUUUUUGCCAGAGUUGGAUGCUGUUUUACUGAAUAAGCAGGAUAUGUGGGUCCCCCUUGUGUCCCUGAUUCUAUUUCUUUUUGGGACAGGAAUUGCCUACUGGGGUGGCCUACUCUUCUCUUCAUCUCUAAGGCUCUUUUCUUCAUUGUGGUUAUCUUUGACAAGACCCUCUGGACUUCCGAAAGACAGCAAGUUGAUGACACCAAGAAGAGCAUUUAUGGCCAUUCUUCUGGUUUUUGUUAGCUGUACCACUUGUGGGGCAUUUGCUGUAUUAAUUACCUAUCUUUACUACAUGUUCAAGGUUAUUAAGCUACAUUCGAAUGUAAGAAUAGAGCAAAAUGUUCUUAAUAUGGAUCCAAAGCACGCAAAAGAAACUUCAGAUAAUUCCAAUAAAGAGACAGUAAAGAACUGUGAUUCAACAGAGACCAUUACCAAAGCAGCAGCAGCGUCACCCACCACCAGUAGAGCUAUUGACAAUGUUGUAAACAGUCUUAAGAUGCAUAUUACAAUCAUCAAUUUACUUACAUGGAUUGUGCUUCUCAGUUUACCGUCUUUAAUUUAUUGGUUUAAAAAUCUCAGGUACAAUAUUAGACUUGAUCCUGAUCCAUGUAGAACUAUGGCUAUUAUUCUUGUAUCCACUUUGGGAAUUCUCAUGAAUUCAAGUACUACUAAAGUAAAAUCAAGUAAACUGUCGAAAAUUGCAGCGCAACUUCCUCUCCCUUUGUCUGUAGCUGUGGUGGCCUUUGGACCAAUGCAUUUAUACAGGGUACCAUACUUUGUAAUCUGUUCUCUUCUUCUACAUAUGUUAUGUUGUAUUGUGUAAAUCUUUAGUUUCCCAAAUGAAAUCGGAAAAGCAGUGUGACCCAGAAAUGGAUGCUGCAAAAAAAUGUCAAGUUAAACAAAGAAAUGUCCAGAUCAAUGUAACCACUAAUGAACAUCAUUUGGAGAUGACAGAAUUGUGACCACUUCUUGUGAAGUUUGGGGUGUUCGGGAAAUCUCAGAAACCUGCUCGUGGUAUUAGUCUACUAAUCUGAAAAAUUGAUGGGAGAAUUUUUUAAUAUUUCUCUGGACACAAAAAUCUCUUUUCUUAUUAGCAUAACACUUCAGUGAUCUAGAUUUCAGUAGGCAGACCAUUCUAUAUCCACACUGCAGACAUUUUGGUAUUUCUGUUGACACUUGGUUUUCUGUUGAAACAUGUUUACCCUACUGUGUGUGUGUAUUGAACCUAUGUCUUGUUCUUGAGUUUUAAAAUGUGAUGGGUAAAAUUCACAAAUGAUUGAAAGUGCACUGUAUCACACAACUAAAUAGCCAAGAAUACUUUUAAUCAUUUUAUGCCACACUAACAAGCUGUCACAAUUUUCUUUUUUCUUGUAUCUAAACAAACUAGAAUGUAUUGUGUCUACUGAUUGGUUAUUUCUAACAAAUCAAACAUUUUUAUCAGUGUCUGUGGCACAUUUGUGUGAUUAUUGAAAGUGUUGGUGGCUUAUAAACUUUAUCUUUUGUAAGAGUGAUAAAA